UCUGUAUUUUGGAUAAAUGAAAGUGAAACAUUAUGUGGCCUAUUGUACAUGAUGUUUUUGUGUGUGAUCCCAGAUAAGAUCCAAGGAAAGUCAAAACUGAAGCAAAAAGCCAUCUCAAAUCCCAAAUGCUGGAGGACGUACGGUGAUGUGGAAAGAUUAUCAUAAAAAUGUAUCAAGGGAUCACGUCACAUGCCGAUGAGAUGGAGAAGAUGUGUUAUUAUAAGCAUAUGGUGCUGACACCCACAGUGUCACAAUAUUGCCCCUCCUAAAUUGCAAACAGCUAAUGAACUAUAUUAAAUGUCAGUGGUCAUUUGGGUCCAGUUCACCCGGUUGAUGCCAAUGGAAACACACAGGAUGGCACUUGGAUGGGCGAUCCCAUGGAUCAGCAUCUACUUUGGACUGUCUGCUGCAUCCAGUGUCCCACUUCAGACUGUGACAGCAGUGCCAGUAUUUACAGAAGUGAGCGCAUCCCACGACAACCAGUUCUGCAGCACAUGGGGAAACUACCAUUUCCGGACUUUCGACGGAGAAUUCUUCCAGCUUCGCUCCAACUGCAACUAUCUCCUUGCAUCCAACUGUAAGGGCAGCUAUGAGGACUUUAACAUCCAGCUGCAACGACAGGAGACAGACGGGUCUGCCCCUCUCAAAUGGAUCACCAUGAGACUGGAAGGAAUGGUGGUGGAACUCUCCAAUUCUUCCAUCGUGGUCAAUGAUGAGAUUGUGACGUUGCCUUUCAGUCAAGCAGGCCUGUCCAUCAUGAGAACAUUCUCCUAUGUUAAGUUUGAGGCGACAAGUGGCGUCAUUGUCAUGUGGAAUGAAAAAGACACCCUCUGGGUUGAGUUGGAUUCUAAAUACAAGAAUCAGACUUGUGGGUUGUGUGGUGAUUUCAAUGGAGACCACACUGAUGGGUCUCUUGAGGAAUUAGACGAAGCCUGGAAAACUGACAACUGUGACGAAAUCUUGCCUCCUUCCCCUCAAACCUGCUCCAUAAGUCAGAGGGCUGACUGUGAGAGUUUUGUGUCCGAGGCUUCCUUCCUGAGCUGUCACGAGCGAAUCAACAGUGCGGCCUUUGUGGACGCUUGUGUAAAGGACUUGUGCGCCUGUAAAAGCAACUCCACGUCCUGCUUGUGUUCAACCAUGGCAGAGUACUCACGGCAAUGCGCACACGCAGGCGGGGCGCCGCAGGAAUGGAAUUCGCAUUUGUGCGCUAAGAAAACAUGCCCGUUUAACAUGGAGUACAAAGAAUGUGGGAGCCCUUGCAUGGACACCUGCAGUGACCCACAGAGGAGCCAAGUGUGUGAGGAACACUGCGUAGAUGGAUGCUUCUGUCCACCUGGGACUCUCUUGGACGACAUUGGUGAUAGCGGCUGUUUGCCCGCCGAUCAGUGCUCCUGUAUGCACAACGGCAAGCCUUAUAAACCUGGCGAAUCCUACUCCAGGGCCUGUCAGACAUGCACAUGUUCUCACGCCGAAUGGAAGUGCCAUGACACUGACUGUCCUGGUGUCUGCUCUGUACUCGGCGGGUCACACAUCUCCACUUAUGAUGAUAAGACGUACACUUUCCAUGGGGACUGCUCUUAUGUUCUUACAAAGGAGAUGAACGGGACUUUCAUUGUCCUGGGUGACCUUGUCAGAUGUGAAAAAUCCGAUCAGUCAACAUGCCUGACUGCAGUCACUCUACUGCUGCCCAAGUCCACGAUGAUUGCUGUUGACUCGAGCGGCCAAGUUUUCGUCAACAAACUCACCUCUCGUUUGCCUUUCUUCAUGGAUGACGUGACAGUCUUCAGCCCAUCCACCUUUUACGUUGUGAUCCACACUGUCUAUGGGCUUCACCUCGAGGUUCAGCUCACGCCCAUCAUGCAGGUUUAUAUCAAAGCUAGUCUUCCCCAUAAAGGCAAACUCCAAGGUCUUUGUGGAGAUUUUAACGAUGUCGAAUGCAAUGACUUCAGAACCAGAAGUGGGAUGAUUGAGGGAACGGCUGCCGCAUUUGCCAACUCUUGGAAGACCAAAGGACGCUGUCCAGAUGUCAACCAGACACUCGGUGACCCCUGCCUUCUGAGUGUACACAAGGAAAAAUACGCUCACCACUGGUGCUCCCUACUGACUGACACAACUGGGGUGUUUUCCAAAUGCCAUUCUGAGAUCAACCCAGAGGACUAUCUGGCUUCUUGUAUAUACGACACAUGUGCUGGGGAAGACAGUUUGGACUCCGUAUGUGCUACCAUAUCCUCCUACGUUCACGCGUGUGCCGCUGCCGGCAUCUCCUUGACAGGAUGGCGAGAGGUCGUGUGCGGAAAAUACACAUCAGCUUGCCCUUCGACUUUAGUGUUUGACUAUCACAUGACAAGCUGUGGACGCACGUGCCACUCUCUGGGUCAGCCGGACUUAACUUGCGAUGCCGAUUUGACCCCCGUGGACGGCUGCGGCUGCGCUGAGGGAACUUAUCUCAACGAGAGGGGAGAGUGUGUGCUGGCCUCUCAGUGCUCCUGCCAUGUGGGCGACAUGAUGCUGCGGCCGAAGCAGAUCAUCAGGGUCCAUGGACAGACUUGCGUCUGCCAUGGUGGGAAACUCAGCUGUACAGGAAACCAUCUGACUGAAUCAUGCAAUGCUCCAAUGACUUUCUUCAACUGCUCAAAUGCAAAGCCUGGUGACACAGGGUCAGAAUGCCUAAAGACUUGUCAAACUCUGGACACAGAAUGUGUUAGCACACAUUGCAUGUCAGGCUGCGUAUGUCCUGCUGGCUUGUUGUCCGACGGUAAAGGAGGUUGCAUCGAGGAGACGGAUUGUCCCUGCACUUAUAACGGACAAUCCUACAAGCCUGGAGAGACGGUUAAAGUGGACUGCAACACCUGCACUUGUAAGAGCCGACAAUGGGAAUGCACCAGUCAACAAUGUGAUGGAAUCUGUGCAAUAUAUGGAGAAGGCCAUUACAUCACCUACGAUGACAAGAAAUUCUCCUUUAAUGGGGAUUGUGGCUACGUCUUUACUCAGGAUUACUGUGGGGAAAACAAGAACGGCACCUUCAGGGUUCUUACUGAGAGCAUUCCAUGUGGACCAAGUGAAACCAUUUGCUCUACUGCCAUCAAGCUCUACUUAGGGAAUAGUGAAAUUAUCCUUAAAGAAGGAACUGUCAUAAAACAUAACACAGGGUUAGAAAUACCCUAUAAAGUCCAUACUAUUGGGUUAUAUCUUGUCAUUGAGGCAAAGAAUGGUCUAACUCUCAUCUGGAAUAAGAAGACAACACUCAUGAUCAAAUUGAGCUCCGCAUUUAAGGGAAAAGUUUGUGGUCUAUGUGGGAAUUAUGACGGAAACAUCAAGAAUGACUUUACCACCCGAAAUAAAGAGGUGGUGGUAGACGCCUUUGAGUUCGGCAACAGCUGGAAAGUGUCACAGAGCUGUGCCAACACAAAUGCACUUACAAGUCCUUGCACGCUUUACUCUCAUAGGCAGGCAUGGGCACUAAAACGUUGCAGCAUUAUCAACAGUGCAGUGUUUGAUACCUGCCAUUCAAAGGUGGAUCCCCAGCAUUAUUAUAAUGCUUGUGUAAGAGACACAUGCGCGUGUAAUACCGGAGGUGAUUGCGAAUGCUACUGCUCGGCCGUAGCCGCCUAUGCAGCAGCCUGUAAUGAGGCUGGAGCUUGUAUAAAAUGGAGAACUCCGUCUAUCUGUCCUCUUUUCUGUGAUUACUACAAUCCCGAUGGUGAGUGUGAAUGGCAUUACGAAGCUUGUGGAAAACCUUGCAUGAAGACUUGCAGGAAUCCCUCUGGAAAGUGCUAUACUCACAUCCCAGCUUUAGAAGGUUGUUAUCCAAGAUGUCCACCUGAUCAACCGUUUUUGGAAGAGGUAACAAUGAAGUGUGUGUCACUGGAGCAAUGCGGGUGCUAUGAUGAUGAAGGGAAGCAUUAUGCCGAAGGAGAGACUAUGCCCCCGGUAGAAAACUGUCAAAAAUGUCAAUGUUCUUCAUCAGAGAGGCAGUGCUCCUACAACAUGGAAGAUUGUGUUUGCUCAUAUAAUGGAGAAUUAUACAAUUAUGGAGAUAUAGUAUACGACACUCAUGAUGGAGAUGGUAUCUGUAUUACUGCUAUUUGUGGAGAACAUGGAAAUAUUACAAGAGAAGUCCAAGCCUGCAGUUCUUCAACUACGCAGAAACCAAUGACGACAACACAAUUUGUGUUUGUGACAACAGAAAGACUAACUUCUACAAAGGCCCAAACUACCACAGUGAAACCCAUCACAAUAACCUUCGAACCCACAACAUUCACAAAAGAGCCUACUACAAUUACAAAAACAACACAAAAGCCAUCCACGCCAACAACGACUACCCCAACAUUUACAUCUGGACGAACAUCAACACCAUCGGAGUGUCUUGUCUGUCACUGGUCUUCUUGGAUCAACAAUCAUUACCCUGACCCUACCCUUAAUGGUGGAGAUUAUGAGACUACAGCAAACAUAACUGAUCCAAGUCUCAAUGCCUGCAAACAACCACUUGAAAUAGAAUGCAGAGCAAAAGCAUUUCCUGAUGUACCUUUAGAUCAGCUAGGUCAAAAAGUAACAUGCAACCCGACAGAUGGACUCAUCUGUCAUAACAAAGAACAAGGCGUACCUCCGAUCUGUUAUGACUAUGAGAUUAGAAUCAAAUGUUGCAUCAACCAUUGUGUCACUCCAACCAAAACGACUGCAAGGGCCACAACAGAAAAACCUACCACUACUGUAGCUACAACCACAGAAAAGCCUACCACUGUGGCCAGAACAACCAUUCCACCCACAGAACAACCCACCACAAUUGCAGAAGAACCCACCACCACGACAAAAGCCACACAAAAGCCGACCAUACCAACAACUACGUCAACAAAGGCAACCACACUUACAACUGAACAGACUAAAACCACCACAACCACAGAAAAACCCACCACAGUUACAGAAAAUCCUAUCACCACAGUUACACAAAAGGCCAGUACUACGGUUUUUGUAACAACCGAAAAACCCAAUACUAUGACCACCACAGCCACAAAACUACCCACCGCGGCUACAGAAAGACCAACCACUCUUACAGAAUCUCCAAGCACAUCAAUAGAGAUCCAAACCACAACAAUUACAUUUACAGAAAAACCCAAUACAUCAACAGAGAAGACAAGCACAGUUGUGCAAACAACAGAAGAACACACGACUACCACAGAAACUCCCAAAACAACUACCAAAGGACCAGCUACUACAACGACCAUAGAACAGAAACCCACAACAAUAGUUUCAGAAACUUCUGGUAUUUCAACCAUUACAUCCAAAGUUACAGAAAAGGAAACAGAAGCAACUACACAACAACCUAGCUCCACUCCCAAAACCACAGAAAAACUGACAACGCAGGCUGCAGAGAAGCCUACCACCAUAACAACUGCAAAGGUACCCACAACAAAGCCACCACGGACCACCACAGAAGGUCCCACCACAACUGCAGUCACAUCAACUGGAAAACCAAUCACAACAACCCCUGAAAUUGUCACAAAUACAAUUGUUCCAACUGCACAGUCGACAGGACCCUUGGUGACGGUUACCGAGUCUCAAACUACAACAACAGAAAAACCCACCACAGCAACCCUCCAACCCACAGCAUCUACAAAAGAACCCACCACCACCACAACUACUACACAAAAACCAUCCACAUCGACAAUGACUCCAACAACAUUUACGACUGAAAAGGCCCAAACCACCACACCUACAGUAAAACCCACAUCAACGCCAUCAGAGUGUCUUGUCUGUCACUGGUCUUCUUGGAUCAACAAUCAUUACCCGGACCCUACCCUCAAUGGUGGAGAUUAUGAGACUACAGCAAACAUAACAGAUCCAAGUCUGAAUGCCUGUAAACAACCACUUAAAAUAGAAUGCAGGGCAAAAGCGUUUCCUGAUAUACCUUUGGAUCAGCUUGGUCAAAAAGUAACAUGCAACCCAAGAGAUGGACUGAUCUGUCACAACAAAGAACAAGGCAUACCUCCGAUCUGUUAUGACUAUGAGAUUAGAGUCAAAUGUUGCAUCAACCAUUGUGUGACUCCAACCAAAGCUACAACUACAAGGGCCACAACAAAUGCAGUUACAACAGAAAAGACCACAACUGCUGGAGCCACACCCACAGAAAAGCCAACUAUGGCUAAAACAACCGUUCUACCCACGGAAGAACCAACCACAACAACAAUAGAACCCACCACUGUGACAACAACCACACAAAAGCCAUCCGUAACAACCACUACUGCAACAAAAGCAACCACAUUUACUACUGAGCAAGCUCGUACCACAGAAAAACCCACUACAGUUACUGAAGUACCAACAACAGCCACAGUUACAGAAAGCCCCACCAGCACAGUUACACAAAAGGCCAGCACUGCUCUAACAACAGAAAAGCCCACAACUGUGUAUGCUACAACCAUCACAACCACAAAACUACCCACCAUAGCAACAGAAAAACCGACAACCAUUACAGAAUCUCCAAGCACAGUAACAGAGAUCCAAACCACAACAAAUGCAGUUACAGAAAAACCCAGCACACCAUCAACGGAAAAGAUAAGCACAAUGGUUGCGACAACUGAAAACCCCGCAACUACCAUGGAAAACCCCACGACAACUACAGAAAGACCAAGCCAUCCGACCACCAUAAUACAAAAAACUACAACCACAGCUUCAGAAACCACAACUACAGGCCAAGUCACAGAAGAAGUAACUGAGACAGCAACAGAACACCCAAGCUCUACUGCCAAAACCACGGAAAAAAUGACAACACUUGCUACAGAAAAGCCUACCACCAAAACAACUGAAAGUUUAGCCACUACAAAGCCACGCAGAACAACAGAAGGUUCCACCACGACUGCAGUCACAUCCCCUGAAAUAGUUACAAGUACAAAUGUUCCAACUGCAUCUUCAACUGCACCCUUGGUUACAUUAAGUCCGGAGAUCCAAACUACAACAACUGAAAGACCCACAACAACAAACGUUCCACCCACGACACUUACAGAGGAACCUACCACGAUCACAACAACCACAGAAAAACCCACCACAGUUACUGAAAACCCCACCACCACGGUGACACAAAAGGCCAGUACUACUGUUACCGUAACCACCGGAAAAACCACUACAGUCGCUACUUCGACCAUCACAGCCACAGAAGAACCCACCACAGUAACAGAGAGACCAACCACAGUUACAGAAUCUCCAAGCACAGCAACAGGAAUCCAAACCACAACAAUUACAGUGACACAAAAACCCAGCACAGCAUCAACGGAAAAGAUAAGCACAACUCUUCCAAAAACAGAAAAACCCACGAGUACCACGGAAAACCCCACAACAGCUACAGAAGGACCAACUACUGCAACCACCAUAGUACAAAAACCCACAACCACAGUUACAGAAACUGCUGGUAUUACCACCACUACAUCCAAAGUGACAGAAAAGGUAACGGGAGCAACUACACAACAACCUAGCGCCACUCCCAAAACCACAGAAAAACUGACAACGCAGGCUACAGAGAAGCCUACCACCAUAACAACUGCAAAGGUACCCACAACAAAGCCAUCAGGAACAACAACAAAAAGUCCCACAACAACUGCAAUCACAUCAACUGAAAAACCAAUGAGCACAACCCCUGAAAUUGUCACAAAUACAAUUGUUCCAACUGCACAGUCGACAGGACCCGUGGAGACCAUUACCGAGUCCCAAACUACAACAACAGAAAACCCCACCACAGCAACCCUCCAACCCACAACAUCGACAAAAGAACCCACCACCACCACAACAACUACACAAAAACCAUCCACAGCGACAGCUACUCCAACAUUUACAACUGAAAACGCCCAAACCAUCACACCUACAGCAAAACCUACAUCAACACCAUCAGAGUGUGUUGUCUGUCACUGGUCUUCUUGGAUCAACAAUCAUUACCCGGACCCUACCCUCAAUGGUGGAGAUUAUGAAACUACAGCAAACGUAACGGAUCCAAGUCUGAAUGCCUGUAAACAACCACUUGAAAUAGAAUGCAGAGCAAAAGCAUUUCCCGAUAUACCUUUAGAUCAGCUUGGUCAAAAAGUAACAUGCAACCCAAGAGAUGGACUGAUCUGUCACAACAAAGAACAAGGCAUACCGCCUAUCUGUUAUGACUAUGAGAUUAGAGUCAAAUGUUGCAUCAACCAUUGUGUGACUCCAACCAAAGCUACAACUACAAGGGCCACAACAAAUGCAGUUACAACAGAAAAGAUCACAACUGCGGUAGCCACAUCCACAGAAAAGCCAACUAUGGCUAAAACAACCAUUCUACCCACGGAAGAACCAACCACAACUACAAUAGAACCCACCACUGUGACAACAACCACACAAAAGCCAUCCGUAACAACCACUACUGCAACAAAAGCAACCACAUUUACUACUGAGCAAGCUCGUACCACAGAAAAACCCACUACAGUUACAGAAGUACCAACAACAGCCACAGUUACAGAAAACCCCACCAGCACAGUUACACAAAAGGCCAGCACUGCUCUAACAACAGAAAAGCCCACAAGUGUGUAUGCUACAACCAUCACAACCACAAAACUACCCACCACAGCAACAGAAAGACCGACAACCAUUACAGAAUCUCCAAGCACAGCAACAGAGAUCCAAACUACAACAAUUGCAGUUACAGAAAAACCCAGCACAGCAUCAACAGAAAAGAUAAGCACGAUGGUUCCGACAACUGAAAACCCCCCAACUACCAUGGAAAACCCCACGACAACUACAGAAAGACCAAGCCAUCCGACCACCAUAAUACAAAAAACUACAACCACAGCUUCAGAAACCACAACUACAGGCCAAGUCACAGAAGAAGUAACUGAGACAGCAACAGAACACCCAAGGUCCACUGCCAAAACCACAGGAAAAAUGACAACACUAGCCACAGAAAAACCCACCACCAAAACAACUGAAAGUAUAGCCACUACAAAGCCACGCAGAACCACAACAGAAGGUUCCACUACGACUGGAGUCACAUCCCCUGAAAUAGUUACAAAUACAAAUCCUCCAACUGCAUCUUCGACUGCACCCUUGGUUACAUUUACUCCAGAGGUCCAAACUACAACAACUGAAAGCCCCACAACAACAACCGUCCCACCCACGACACAGAGAGAUACAGAGGAACCCACCACGAUCACAACAACCACAGAAAAACCCACCACAGUUACUGAAAACCCCACCACCAUGGUGACACAGAAGGCUAGUACUACUGUUGCACUAACCACAGGAAAAACCACUACCAUUGCUACCUCGACCAUCACAGCCACAGAAGAACCCACCACAGUAACAGAUAGACCGACCACAGGUACAGAAUCUACAAGCACAGCAACAGGAAUCCAAACCACAACAAUUACAGUGACACAAAAACCCAGCACAGCAGCAACGGAAAAGAUAAGCACAACUGUUCCAAAAACAGAAGAACCCACAACUACCACGGAAAACCCCACAACAGUUACAGAAAGACCAACUACUGCAACCACCAUAGUACAAAAACCCACAACCACAGUUUCAGAAACUGCUGGUAUUUCCACCACUACAUCCAAAGUGACAGAAAAGGUAACGGGAGCAACUACACAACUCCCUAGCUCUACUCCCAAAACCACAGAAAAACUGACCACAGUUUCUACAAAGAAGCCUACCACCAUAACAAGUGAAAAGGUACCCACGACAAAACCACCACGAACCACCACAGAAGGUCCCACCACAACUGCAGUCGCAUCAACUGGAAAACCAAUCACGACAACCCCUGAAAUUGUCACAAAUACAAUUGUUCCAACUGCACAGUCGACAGGACCCUUGGUCACAUUUAGCACAGGGGCCCAAACUACAACUGAAAGGCCCACAACAUCUGAAAGGCCCACAACAACAACCGUCCCACCCACGACACUUACAGAGGAACCCACCACUAUCACAACAACCACAGAAAAAUCCACCACAGUUACUGAAAACCCCACCACCAUGGUGACACAAAAGGCCAGUACUACUGUUGCCGUAACCACAGAAAAGCCCACUACUGUCGCAACUUCAACCAUCACAGCCACAGAAAAACCCACCACAGUAACAGAAAGACCAACCACAGUUACAGAAUCUCCAAGCACAUCAACAGAAAUCCAAACCACAACAAUCACAGUGACUGAAAAUCCCAGCACAGCAUCAACGGAAAAGAUAAGCACAACUGUUCUGACAACAAAAAAACCUUCAAAUACCACGAAAAACCCAACAACAGCUCCAGAAAGACCAACUACUGCAACCACCAUAGUACAAAAACCCACAACCACAGUUUCAGAAACUGCUGGUAUUUCCACCACUACAUCCAAAGUGACAGAAAAGGUAACGGGAGCAACUACACAACUCCCUAGCUCUACUCCCAAAACCACAGAAAAACUGACCACAGUUUCUACAGAGAAGCCUACCACCAUAACAACUGAAAAGGUACCCACAACGAAGCCACCACGGACCACCACAGAGGGUCCCACCACGACUGCAGUCACAUCAACUAGAAAACCAAUCACGACAACCCCUGAAAUAGUCACAAAUACAAUUGUUCCAACCGCACAGUCAACAGGACCCUUGGUCACAUUUAGCACAGGGACCCAAACUACAACAACUGAAAGACCCACAACAACAACCGUUCUACCCACGACACCUACAGAGGAACCCACCACUAUCACAACAACCACAGAAAAACCCACCACAGUUACUGAAAACCCCACCACCACGGUGACACAAAAGGCCAGUACUACUGUUACCGUAACCACAGGAAAAACCACUACAGUCGCUACUUCGACCAUCACAGCCACAGAAGAACCCACCACAGUAACAGAGAGACCAACCACAGUUACAGAAUCUCCAAGCACAGCAACCGGAAUCCAAACCACAACAAUUACAGUGACACAAAAACCCAGCACAGCAUCAACGGAAAAGAUAAGCACAACUCUUCCAAAAACAGAAAAACCUACAACUACCACGGAAAACCCCACAACAGCUACAGAAAGACCAACUACUGCAACCACCACAGUACAAAAACCACCAACCACAGUUUCAGAAACCACUACAUCCCAUGAAAUUGUCACAAAUACAGUUGUUCCAACUGCACAGACGGGGGAACCCUUCGUUACCUCCACUGCAACUACCACCCCCAAAUCUACUAAACCUUCAACAACCUUGUCAACCGCUCAGACAACGGAAGGCAGAACCACUGAAUGCUUCUGCAAAUACCUUGAUCAGAUUUUUGCUCCUGGUACUACCAUUUACAAUAAGACAGAUGGCGCAGGUUGGUGUUUCAUUGCAUAUUGCAAUAAGACUUGCAAUAUUGAGAAGUUUGCAGGACCGUGUCAGCCAACCACUCCACCAAGUCCUACCACUUCCUCAACAACAACGAAAGAAGUCGUCACAACAUCUGCCAGUACCAUACCCGUAACCACUGAAGCUACCCCCAAAGACUGUGAUUUCCUCAUCCCGCCAAGAAAGCAUGGCGAGUCUUGGAUCUCAAGCAACUGUACCUUUUCAAUGUGUGAUGAUGGAAAAGUCCUGACAGAACACAAGCCAUGCGAACCAAUAACCAUGCCAGUGUGUGAAAAUGGCCAACCGCCAGUGAGGGUUUAUGAUGAAGAUGGUUGCUGUUUCCAUUACCAAUGCACAUGUAUUUGCAGCGGCUGGGGUGAUCCACACUAUAUCACAUUUGAUGGUCAAUACUACAGCUUUCAGAAAAACUGCACCUACGUUCUGGUUAAAGAGAUUAUUCCUCGGCACAAUUUUACCGUCCUCAUCGACAAUGAAAAUUGUGACGCCACUGGUGAAAUAACCUGUGCCAAAAGCUUGAUUGUGUUUUACAAAAGCUAUCAAGUCAUUCUUACACAGGAGAGAGGAACAACUACAGUCAACACGGUUUACGUCAACGGCAAGAAAGUAAUCCCGACUUACUCCAACGACGACUUCAUCAUCACAAGUACUGCAAUUGAGCUGGUUUUGAGAAUCCCGGCGAUCCAAGCCAUCGUGACGUUCAAGGGGCUUUUAUUCAGCAUUGAUUUACCAUUUUCCCUUUUCCACAGCAACACAGAAGGACAGUGCGGUACAUGCGACAAUAAUAAAAAGAACGACUGUAGAUUACCCAAUGGGCAGAUUCUCACCUCUUGCACUGAUAUGGCUCAUGAGUGGCACGUAUCAGAUAAGAACAAACCGUACUGCGAGAAGCCUCCUCCUUCACCAACACCAAAUCCAUCACCAACUCCACCAACUUGUAAACCUGACAUUUGUGAAAUCAUCAUCAGCAGCGUUUUUGCGGAAUGUCACAAAAUCAUCGCACCAGAGAACUAUUAUGAGGCCUGUAAAUUUGAUGUUUGCUCCAUGCCAAACUCCAAAGUGGGAUGCUCCAGUUUGGAGGCUUAUGCUAUGAUGUGUACUGCGGCGUCGGUCUGUGUCGACUGGAGGAACGCCACACAGGGGAAGUGCGAAUACAAAUGUCCUGCACAUAAAGUCUACAAACCAUGUGGGCCCAUUGUGGAACCAACUUGCGAUGCAAGAUACAAUUACAAGUAUACACAACAAUGCCAAGGAGAAAACUAUUACCAGAGGUCUGACUGUAAUAAGUUUGUGGAAGGAUGUUUCUGUCCACCCGGCACAAUCUUAUUCAAUUCAAACUCCGACAUCUGUGUCAUCGCUUGUUGCACUGGUCCUGAUGGUGAACCAAAAGAGAUUGGGGAGUCCUGGCUGAGUGGCUGCCAACAGUGUGUCUGCGACGCAGAUACGCUGAGUGUGCGCUGUGAACCUCGUGUGUGCCCCACUCAAGCACCCAUAACCUGUAAGGAAGGCGAGGUGCUGGUGAACCAAACAGUGGACUGCUGCCAGACUCAGACAUGUGUUGCUCUUCCUUCCAAAUGUAAAAUAAACACAAACGCCACCUACUUACACGUAAAUGAUUGCAAGUCAACCGUGCCAGUGGAAAUGACAACUUGCGAGGGAUCCUGCGGCGCGUCGACAUCAAUGUACUCUGCGGAAAGCAACAGUCUGACACACUCUUGCUCAUGUUGUCAAGAAACAGCCACGAGCAAGAAAGAAGUGGAGAUGAUUUGUGCUGAUGGAAGCAAGAUCAAACACUCCUACAUUUCAAUUGAAAAAUGUGGCUGUCAACUCACACAUUGCAAACAAAGAACAACACGUUAAUUUGGACAUUUUAACGGCUUACAAAAAAACACUUUGACACUUGAUUUCCAUAAAUGCUAAAUAAAUUGAUGGAAUAGCGCAUCCCACUUAUAUGUCGAUUGCUUCUUUAUCACGCACUCUGUUUUCUCGCAGAAUGGCCAAUGAUAUUGCUUGACUUGGCAUUCUGAAAGCCUCUUAAUUCCAAUAAACUUUUUCCCUAUUGCA